AUGACCGUGAAACGUACUGCAGAUGAUGCCCAAGCCCCUAGAAAACGUGCAAAGCUCGACGCGAACUCGAGAGGGACCUACAGGUACUCCAGCGCAGGCGAGCUGAGAGCAAGCUUGAAAAAUCAGAACCAGGAUGCUCUCGUCGAAGCCUUAACGUCCAUCCGCAACCAACUUACGAUCAAGCCAAACGAGGGACCUAUUUCUCCUCAGGACGCCAGGCUAACGUUGGCCCAGUCAUGGCUAGAAACGUCACCAGGAGCGCACGAUAUAUUUGAGAUAUGGGAAGCGACGAACCAGCGUCAGCUAUCCAUCCUCUCAUUGCUCGUAUCUGUUCUCGCUGCACUCCUCAACAUCACCUCAGCACACUACAGCCAUCACGCUCAUGGCCACACUAUUUUGAAGACGUUGUUGUCUCAGCAAUGCAUGCAGCAGCUCAACACCUACGUCGCAGGUUCACACAACGACCUCAUCAUAAAUACCUUGAAACUCCUCAACGCAAUGUCUUCUUUUGCUGCUGGAAGCGAGAAAAAGGCCGUGUUUGAGGGAUUUGCUUGGGAGAUCAAGUGUGGCGCGAUGGUGACAGUGAUACUUACGAGGUUAAACUACCAGUCAUUACCGAAACUUCUCUCCAUGCGUCGAAGAGGCAAAGAUGCCAACUCCAUCGAUAUUCUCGCACGGCCAGACAUACGCACCCUCUAUAUCCUCUUCAUCCUUUCCUUCGUCGACACCACCGCGCCCACUUUCGUCAAAGCUGCAUUCCUAGACCAACGAAGAGAUACGCUCGCCUCGAUAUUCAAGGGCGUCAACCAAGAUUCGUACGCCGUCAUCCGUCGGAUUUUGGAGGUCUGUUGGGCCGGGAUAUGGUCGGACGCCAAAAUCAAGAGAACUGCGAAGAUAAACAUCUUCAAUGAAGGACUCUUGUCGCAGCUCAUAAAGCUCUAUGAACGUUCUUCCUCGGAAGUCACAGAAGGAUCUGACGAGGAGCAAAUCCCGGCUGACCUCGUCCACCACUUCCUUCUCGCCAUCUGUACUCGUCCCGGCACCGGCAUCUGUUUCAGAGACCGUGGAUGGUACCCUCGUGAAUCCCAGGACGACGUCCGUUCUACUGCGGUCGGUGGUGUCGAAGACGAUGGUGGCAACGCGCCGACGAAAGGACAUGGAACUAAAAUAUAUAACAAGGUGUUGGCGAAUGUCGUCAAGACCUUGAGGGUGAAUGAGGAUCCACGACAGCAGGAGUUGGCUGUCAAGAUUCUGGGGGCCUGCCCUGAGCUCGUGGCAGGAUACUGGGCCUCCGCUGCCCCAACUCUCGAACCCCGCCUUUCCUCCAAGUGGAUCUCCAACAUUUCCUUCCUCGGCUCCAUAAUCUCCCUUCCUAUCCCGCCAUCUCCCUCCCUCUCCACCCCGUCUACCCAAACCUCUACAUCCACCGCACUCUAUCAACCAACUCCUCCACCUCUAAACACCAUACUAGAAAACAUCCUGCCCUCGCUAUCUCUCAAAGUCCAUUUUUCAAAAGGAUUGCAGUCGAAUUCACCCCUCGUGCAACAUUGUACGGCGUUAGCACUGUGCAAAUGCUUGAUGAAGUAUGAAAAGGUCUUAGAGUGGUUUAGGGAGGUUGAAGGGGUGUUGGAAGAGGAUGUUGGUGACGCUGCUAGCUCGGGAGUGUUUGGAGGUGUGGGUGAAAGUGCAGGCGGAGGUGGACAAUGGAGUCGGAGGAGAAGGGAGGUGGAGAGGGAGGUCAGGAAGAGGGUACCAGAUUUCCAGGUCGUCGUGGCGAUGGGACAGCAUGUUGGUGCUACCACCACCGCGACCGCGACCCCGGCCCCGACCACAAAACAGACGAACGAGACGCAGGUAGCGUUGUUGGCCGAGAGCUCGACGAGAUUGCUGUGGUUGUAUAAUCGUUGUUUACCGUCUUUGGUAGCGGAGGCGCGGUUCGACGUGGGGAAAUUGUUACAGCACUUGAUUCCUUCACCAACGACGAUUGAGGACGGGGAGUCUGUGAGCUCGUCGAUCGCUGGAUUGAGAACGUUGAGGCAGUUACACGUUCUCAGACUGCUAAAGGAGAAUGAAGGUUUCUCGUGGACAGGAAAGACCGGUUCCAGAACCCACCUCUCCACCCUCCUCAAAUCAUACACCACAACCCCAACCCCUUCCAUCCGCACUGCCAUCUCCUCCCUCCUGAGCCACGUCCUUUCCUCCUCCAUCCUCUUCGCACACGACUCCUCCGAAGUAUACUUCUGGAUGUCCUGUCUUCCCUCGAUCAAGCGUGCGCCAUGUGCUGAAGCUCCGGACGGAACGCCACUCACGAACGAAGACGACGCGGUGAUUACGUUCUUGGACGAAUGCGUACAGAGGUGUUUGAAGGCGCCACAUCGAUAUAUCGAGGAGAUGGAGAGUUUAACUUCUGGCCCGGAGGACGAAGGUGGCAACAGCCAACAACAGGGACAGGCUUCAGAGACAUCUCUGAGCCCAUUGUUAAUGACCGUCCGCGAACAGCUCCUCGCCAAACUAUUAGGGAACCACUUUACGCCUUCGGACGCAUUGGCCGUGAUGUCGUUUGUUAGGAGGUUGGUUCUGGUGUUGGCUAGUAAGCUGGAGGAUUUGGGAUCCCUGGAGAAGUUCACGGAGAAGAUCGUCGAGUCGGUGUCCGGUCAGAUAUCGAAGUUGUUUGAGGGGAGCCCAAUCGUCAGCGGCGCAAUACGACGGGAAGUGGAGAUUUUGAAUGCGUGUCUACAGAGUUAUAGGAAUGGGCCGUUGGAGCCACAAGUGGCGGAGAUGUCGAAUCCGGCGGUACAGGAGUUUCUUGGUCAACUGGAGGAGUUGCCGAUACCAACUUCACCCUCAGCACGGCAAACCUCGGCCUACGAGCUCGUGGAUUGGAUUCGCCUUCUUGAAUGCACAUUGACCUCUAACGAUAUCGCUCACCUGGUCUCUACGAUUGAGAAGCUGCAUCCUUCCGCGCUCAACGCUCUCGUCUGUCAUAUCGAUCCCCGGUCCAAUCACCUGCUCGAUGAGAGCGUCGUGAAGUCCGAGCUUGCUAAUUUGCAUCCACCAUUCCUCUUCCAUUGGCUUGACAUGCAAUGGACCCUUCGCCACAAAAGUACCAUAUUCGGGGACGAACAACUGCACGCUCUCUUCACCACAAUCACCUCCGAACCUCACGCCGUCCUCCAGGCUAAGGCAGCGAUAACGAGUAUCAGCCACAGGAUGUCGGCCAACGAUCCGACCACCGUCAAUGACGCGAUAACUUGGGCCGCAACCGUGAUGGAAUAUCUGAAACGCACGUUCACGGAUGAGCAAUAUUAUCCCUUCGUAGAGCAUUCUUUCUCAUUGAAGUUGGUCAAGGAUGUUCUUGGGACGCUCCUUGUGAGUAGCGAACGGAAGGAAGUGAUCGAGAACUUCGUCAAAUUGUCACUCGACUCGAGGAAAGCCAGGGAUAGGGAAAUCGUGGAGCCGCUGGUGAAGCAUAUGGUUGCCGUCGUGCCCGGUCAUUGUGAUCAGCAGAAGGAAAUCACUUCGAUCAACUCAACCCUACAGUUUUGGGUGCCUUACAUGGACACUCAAAGCCUCCUCGAGCUCUUCGACUUCUUCGCUUCUCGCACGAUCACCGACGGCAACGAACUUAUCUGCGCGAUCCUAACAACUCUGACGAGCACAUGCUCGGAAACCGAAAUCGCCUCUCAUAUGCGUUCUCGUUUCCCCCUGCUGUUCAGCCUACUCAAUGUCGAUGAUCAAGCUUCGACGAAAGGCAACGCAGCAAAGAAGAUCAUCGCGCUCAUCGUGCACGCUUCGCUUCCGGUUGGACUUGAUGGGCUUCCGCCAACCAGCACGAGCGGAGAACCGUCUCUAUCCCUUUCUCGGCUGAUCUCGAAGUCGACGGCGCGUUGGGAACGGAGAAUGGAUGAUCAUGUCCAUGAUACCGAGGUCGAGACUAUCCUAUCGCGCGGACAGCUUAGCUCGGAGGACGUUGAAAUUAUCUGUGGCCUGGUUUACUCGAAAAAGGCAGCACGAGCUGCAUGCUACACCUGGCUCUCGACGGAGACUUCUGCUCAGCAGAAGAAUGUCAGCAUCACGCCUCUCAUACACGCCACACUCGACGAAAUCACGACCUUGGGAGAGUCAACCUCUAUCGAAAGAGUCAAAGCUACCGGCGUCUGGAAGACACACUUCGAAAAUCUCGUUCGAAGCGUCAUCCAGCCAUCGACUUGGUCCAAACUUUCCGACGAGGCUCGUGACGUGGAUUGUGUCAUCUUCAUGGUAACCUGCUUCUCCGAGAGUCGAGAAGAAUUAAUCGGAAUCCUGAGACGUGCGGUAGAAGGCGAGUCUCUCGAUGUUAUGAGUGCUAAAACCGUCCUCGUGGCGAGGCGGCUCUUCGAUUCCGAGGUCAUACCGAGGGAGGAGACAAGGGAGUUUGUGGCUUCAUGUGUGGACCAUGGCCUGCAAUGGGCCUCAAGACAUUUUGCUAGUGAUGAAGCAUUGAGUGCGCCUGUUGUUCAAGGGCUUGCCGCGUUGAUAAAGGCAGACGCCACCGUUAAGACACAUUUUGUCGAUCCCGUUCUGACUGCCGCCAUCCAGCAUCGCCUUUCUGAUCCAUCAGCAUCUUCCUUCGCUACUGUCCUUUUGAAGAAAUCUCCGCUGAAGCCUCUGCUCGUGAAUCGCCACCUUCAAAGCAUCCUCCAACAUCCCUCCUUCCAUAAACAUGCCUCUCCCUCCGCCCCCGCCCGACAGUCCAUCAUCUCCCUCCUCCACACACUUUUCCAUCUUCACCCUUCCAACACAUGCCAGCCAAGCCACGUCCUUCCCCUCAUCCAGAUAUAUGGCGGCACCCUGGCAUCCAGUGAUCUCCAGAUUUUUGCCAUCUUCAAGCUCUUCGAAGAAAAUAGGAAGACAUCCAUCGCGGGUGCCUUUUCGCAAUGGUCCUCCUCCCCUGGCACGGUAUCGAAUAACGCCCUGGAAGCUUUCGAAGGGCUUGACUCAAAUCGAGUUUUCAGGACGUGCAUGACUUAUCCUUCUUGGCGGAAGUUGGACACUGUCGGUACCAACCAAGAAGGACUUCCGGCUACGUCAGCUUCCGAUGAACACCUUUACGAUCCUCUCUUGAUACUUUUGCUUGUUACCCAAGUCCUCGCGUCCAGCCCUCCCUCAUCAGCGGCCGAAUGGGUUCAGUUAUUCAGGACAAAUGCGAUCAGUCUGGUCAUACGGAUGUUAUCGUCUAAGGAGGAUGCAUUGAGGGACGUGGCGAUGACACAGAUGGCCGCCAUAUCAAAAGCGUCGAAGGACGCAGACAUGCAGGAAAAACCCCACGUUAUGCACAUCUUCGACCUCUUGAGAGAUGCUAUCCGGUCGUCUCCCGAGACUGACUCACCUCCCCGCCUACCCACCUUUACGACCCUUCUCCUCGCCCACUCCCUCCGUGGCGUCUUCUAUCCCGCCAAUUUCAUAUAUCCGCUCACCUCUCGCUUUCUCCUGCAACGUCCGGAGCUCGACUCUGCCGACGUGCCCAUGCUCUUUUCCAUGCUUUACAGCAGCUCGGAGGACUGGAAGAAAGAGAGAGGAUGGAUGGUGAAGUUCCUAGCAGAUGCGAUGUUAGGUGCUGGCGAGGCAGAGUGGAAGGUGUUCAGGAGGAGACAUACCUGGGACUUGUUGGCGAGUGCGUGGCAAAGUGGAGAAGGUGAUCGACUUAUUAGGCAUGGGGUACAGGAGGUGGUACUUAACAUCACCAGCAGUAGACGGAUGACGACGUCAUUGACCUUGAAGUCGGCAUUGCUGCCUUGGAUAGAGAUGGUGUUACAGUCUCAAUCCUUUUUGUCGGGCGAGGCUUUGCUUUGGCUCAAGAUUGUGGAGAACGUCCUCAUGGUCGCCGAUGCUCCCAGGUUUGAGUCCGCAACCGGAGGCCAGUGGCGCCCCACUAUAGCUAGAUGUUUGCAGCUACUGUUACAGGAGUCAGUAGAAGUAUCGUCAGAACUGUUGUCCAUAACUUCCAGGAUACUUCUUCGACUCUCGCUUCUCCCGGGUCCAACCGUCCCCAACUUCGGCAUCCUUAUGGCCAAAGCUCUUACCCUCCUUCAAUUCUUUGAAUAUAAUCUCGACAUUUCUCAUUUUGACCACACCCUCGACCUACCUCCACAAUCAGGUGUCAUCAAUACGGGGCCACACACAUCCUACACCUCAUUUUCGACCACAACAAUACCUGUGGAUCCGGUCCGGAUAUGGGGUCGCGCAGUCGAAGAUCAGUGGCGUUCUGCCAUGGGAGUGAAUAUUUUCGAAGGCAAGGGCGUUGCGUGGGGCGCGCUGAGUGCAAGGAUGCUGUUGUGGCGCUCGAUAGUUGGGAGAGAGGGCUCUGGGGUUGAGGAGUGGGUCAGGAGAGAGGUAUUGGAAGGGAUAAACGCGAGAUGA